CCACCAUCCGCUCAGUUGGUUGCAACAAUGCUUGGUUGUCGGGCCUGUGCGAUGCUUGUGGUCGGUGAUGUGGUUGUGCUUGUUUACUGCCUGCGAUACCAUUGUUGGAAAACGAUAUGAAGGACUUGUCACAGUGCGUUCUGUGCUUGAAAUAUAGUAUUGUGAAUCGACACUUCAAUCUUCGUAAAAGGGACCUCAUGAUCGCCACAGAUGUCCAGCAGAAGACAUUGCUGUCGCUGUUGGGGACCAGGUGGAGUUCCUCAAUGCUACUGGAGGUGUGGUUGGGGAGCUCUCGGAGGGCAUGUCGGAAGUGCGAGCACUUGCUUACAAUGCGGAUCUGCGCACGCUCUAUUUCAGCGAUGAGGAGCGUUCGGACGGCAGUAUCUUCCAGUUGACUGUGCCAAAGAACAUGAGUGCCAAGUUGCAGAAUGUGACCGUCAGCACUGUGGUCUCUAAACAAGUUCACAGUGUGAAGGGAGUGGCCUAUGACGACCGGACUGGUAUCCUGUACUGGAGCAAUGGUCCCGGACACUCUAUCUUGUGGAUACAGAUCGGCUCCACAGAUGAGCCCCAGGCCGGCCAACCCCUCCUGAAGGUGGAGGAUCAGAUACCCAUGGGUAUUGCCAUCGACAACUGCAAAAGGUAUCUGUACUGGACCAACUGUGGCAAGACGGCGAGCAUAGAACGAUCUUUGCUGGAUGGUAGCAACCGACAGACACUCACUAGUGAGGAUUUGGCCUUGCCGUACGCAGUGGUAGUGGACCAAACUACCGACAGGAUCUACUGGGUCGACGAACGACCUGGGGCCGAGUUCCGUAUCGAAUCAGCUGACCUCCACGGCAAAGACAGGAGAGUUCUUUUUUCUGGAUCGGACCACCAGCCGUUUGCGUUGGCUGUGAGUGCCGGACAGGUGUUCUGGGCGGACCACAUCCACACGUCAGUUUGGAGGCUGCCGCUCGACUCCCCACACUCUACCUCUACAAAACUUCCUGUGCGUGCAGCUGCGUACCACAGCAGCCCCAAAGCCCUGGUGUCUGCGUAUUCCGGUGUCUGGACUAGAGAGAGAUGUAACCCUGUUGUACAGCCUGUCAUUAAGAUAAUCCCGGCGACAGUGACAAAAACGACCACUGAUCCAAAUCCUGUGGUAUUACGGGAAAACACAUCCCAUCCUAUCUGUCUCAACAAGGGGUUGUGGAUAAGGGAUGAGGGGUACUGCAACUGCCUGCCUGGCUACAGUGGGGCCUUGUGUGAAGUGGAUGAGUGCCUGGACUACUGCGUGCAGGGUGUGUGCCACAUAACCAAUGAGGAACGGGAGUGUGUGUGCACGGACGGCUACUCGGGCCCGCGCUGUGAGGUCCCCGUCUGUCACAACUACUGCGUCACUGGCACCUGUUCUGUUGAUCUCAGAGGUCAACCACAAUGCCAUUGUAAAGAAGGGUACUCGGGUGACCGUUGUGAGGUAAACUUCACCCAACAGCAGGAGACAGAUGACAGUCUGCAAGAGGUCUGCUUAGCAUUCUGCAAACUGUGGACACAGUCUUCAAAAGAGAACAUCCAGCCCUUCGACGUUUGCAGUUGUCCGGAGAUGGAACUGAUCUCGGCACAGAUGACCUGGGACUGGUACAGGGACCACGUUCUUUUGGGUCUGCUAGCUGUCUGCAUAGGGCUGUCAGUACUCGUGGUGGUGCUGGCCAAGAAAGUGUUGGUGCUACGCCGACGACCGCGUGUCAAGAAGCGCAUCAUUGUAAACAAGAGUGUGACACCGCUGACGAGCCGGCCCUCUGAGCCGCAGUGCGAGAUCACCAUCGAGAACUGCUGCAAUAUGAACAUCUGCGAGACUCCCUGUUUUGAACCAGACUUCCGCCAGCCACAGACACCACAUGGCAAGCCUUCACAGAAUUCUAAGGAGGAGAAGAAGACACUUCUGGGAAACAUGGAACUACCUCCAGAUGAUCUUUAUUGACCCCCUGAAGUCGUUAUCAUUGUUGGACUUGUAAAAACACGUUGUUUAAGUAUAACUCGUUGAACGUUGGGAUUCGGUACUGCUCAGAUUUCUCUUUUCAAUUUAAAAUAUUAUUGGUUGUCUACUUUGACAAGCAAUUGCCAUGGCAGCUGUUUUGUCAAAGAAUGUAUUAAUUAACAAAACCAUAUGUUAGAUGAAUAGAAAAACGUUAGUAGCAUAUAAUUUGAAAUCACGAUUUAAGCCCCAAAUAUUUUAAAUCAUAUAUAUAUAUCAAGAAAUAUAUAAGAAAAACUAAUUAGUCUUUGAAGGAAAUUUGGUUAAUGCUCAAUUGUAGUUGGAAAUUUAUUCUUUUUUAUUCUAUAAAGAGCUCUUAUAGCCUAUUUUUGGGACUUAACAAACAAAUUUAAAUAUUUAAGUUGUGUUUAUCUCACUAUUUGAUUAUUUUGAUAGUUUUAACAUUUUAGAAUGUUGUUUUCCUACAGUGUAUAUUAUAUUUAUUAUAAAUGGCCUAAACUGAAAAGAGAAAUCUGGACAAAGUGAAAGUUCAGUUCCUACCGGAUCUUAUGUAUUGGCUGUGGUGAAGAGUGCUGAUAAAGACUGUAUUUUAUAUAGUAUUAAGAUGGGUUCUACCGACGGGAGGCAUGUUCUGCAAUGUGUUCAUACUUCCAAGGUUACUUAAGUACCUUGUUACUUAAUGUGCUACUUAGAUAGGUUAGUUCAAAUUAAGUUGAAACACAAAUUUCCAGUGUACUUUUAUUGUGUUAUGACAGACACUGAUGUUGCCACUGAUUUUUGUGGUUGUUUUAAGCAUAUGACAAAGAGAGUUUGUCAACUUAUGUACAGGGUGCUAGCGGGGAAAUAGUUAUGCAAAUUGCGGGGAUGUAAAAAAGUGGGUAUUUGUUGUCGUUUUAAACGCUACAAUUUAGGCUUAUUUGUAGGAUUGUAUUUUGUGAAAACCAAAGAUUGUUUAUCAAGUUUUCCUUCUUUAUGUUUCUUAUUAAAAUGCUUUAUGUUUUAAAAGAUGAUUGUGGCAAGUAUUAUUCAAAUGUUUUCUGUACGACUUUGAUUUAAACUAAAUUAUAUAAAACAUAACUCUACGUAACUCAAAUUAGAUAAACAGUGUCUGUGAGAAGUGGAGUAGGGUCAGCAUUGUUUCUUUGAAUUAGACCACAGACACUUAAGGCCUAUGCUGUACUGGGUUUGUUUUUCUUUGUACUCAUCCAGGACAAUGUUUGAGUUGCAAAUAGAGCUUUUCUUGUGAUGCUGUAUGAUUUUAGGCCACGUGAAUUUAGGAGUGUUAAGCCAUUUAGAGUAAGGCCUAGACUUAAACAAGCUUCUAAAAACAGAUUUUGGGAGUUUAUUUUGGCAAGUUGGAAUGUAUAAUUUUUAAACUGUUUAAUUCAGGUCUUUGGAAGAUUCGUUUUGGAUUCAUUUCAAUUUUCCAAAAAGAAUCUUCCAAAGACCUGGAUCAACAGUUUAAUAAUUAUGGAUUCCAACUUGCCAAAAUGCACCCCCACAUUCUGUUUUUAGACGCUUGUUUAGGUCUAGGCCUUACUCCAAAUGGCUUAACUUCAAAACCACACUUAUCUGACAUUCAUAAAUUCAUGUGGCCUAAAAUCAUACAGCAUCACAAAAAAGCCCUAUUUGCACCACAAAAAUUUUCCUGGAUCAGUAACAAGAAAAACAAACUCAGUACAGCACAAGCGUUAAGUCAGUCUGUGACCUGAUUUUAAGAAACAAUGCUGAUCUUACUCCACUUCUCACAGACACUGUUUACAAAGCAAGCACUAUAUAAGGUGACUUAGCUAAAACUUAAUUUACAUAAAAUUAGUGGAUAUUUGUUGUGCCAAUACAUUUUUUGCUCAAUUUUUUCAUUUAAUGUUAUUGUAUUUUAACUCAUUUUAUUUAAACCAAAAGUGUGUUCUUUAAAGUUUUAUAAACACUUACUUUUAUUAUUAGUUAAUGUUUUGUUUGAAACAAAAAAUUUUAGCUAUGAGUUGUAUGAAAUAAUUUAUUCCAGUAAAUAAAUCUAAGGAUUUUGAAUAGGUUACAAAAAGAACUUAUAUUACCAUUUGAAAUGCAGUUCGUACUUAAAGUGUUUACGUUCGUUCCAUAAGUAAAAAUGGUCAACUUGAUUACUUAAUUGUGAAACAAAAUCCUUUGAAUUCAAGGGCAUGUAGUGGAGUGCAUUUGUGGGGCUUGAACUCCAAAAUUUCAGCCAAAAUAUCAAGUUAUAAACUCUUUAAUUAGGUUAUAGGCAUUAGUCAUUUUUACACAUUAAAAGAAAAUACACGCUUGUGUUUUAAAUAGUUUAGAUUUGCAGUUUUGAUGGAUUGUAAUUCUGGCAAAAAAUAUGUAGUCUGUAUUAUUGCACAGGGUGAUUCUGAUAAAAGUGAAAAUUUCCUUGGCUUGAUUAAUGUGAAUAUGAAUAUUUUUCUCCAAAAUACUUGGAGGCCAACAAUGUUUUAUUUUGAAGAAAUUGAAAAAAAAUGUAUACACCUGUGGUCAGCAACUUUUCUUGCCCAAAAUUUAAUUUUCUGCUUAUUUACAAACAAAACGAAUACAUCACUAUAAAAAAGAAUGAAUAUAAAGUAUAAUAAUAACAAGAAAAGUUCUAAAUUUCCCCCGUUUGAAUCCAUGUAAAUCAUAGAGCUCUUUGUUACUUUAAUUUCAUAGUAUUUACAAACGUUUGUGGUUUUCCUCCCACUUCUAUUGCUGCAGUGGCAUUAUGUGAUAUAAGUGUUUCUUUUUACAUUGUCUUCUGGUGUCUCGUAAAUUAAAUCUGUUAGGAAGCACAAAGAAAAAGUUAAGCGAGGUAAGAUUGGGAGAUCUCACAGUGCAGUGAAUGGGAUAAUUUCUCCCAGUUCAUCGUCUUGGGUAGGGCUGGUUGAAGAAAUCCUGCACUACAUUUGUAUUCAUUACAAGAUAUAACCAGAAGCCCACAGAAUGAAGCGUACAUAAGAGAAUAGUAAUAACAGAAUGGACUGAGGACAGAUCGGACUAGAUGGAAACCCAGAAUUAUCAACAACAAAAACUUGGUGCAUAGAGGUUUGUUGCCUACUUACUAGCAUAUCACUUAAUUCUCAAUUUUCUCAGCAACAAAAGACUAGCGAAGAGUGCUUGUCAAAAAGUGUUCCUUUCCACAUCUGUCUGCCCCAAAAAAAAAACUUAUUUUAUCAGAUACACCCUGUAUAAAUAAAACAUUCUGACAAACGUCUCCACAAUUUCAAGGAGGAAAAUAAGGCGCCUAAGAGAGAUAUAGAUCUCCCCCCCUCUUGUCAGUCAUUACACCAUCAUUUAACAUAGACUGAUUCAUGUACUUCAAAAAGUAAUUUUGAUCAGAUGUAUUUCUGUUGAGAUAUUAAUAAAUAUCAUAUGUAAUUGUUAUUACUUACUAUAAAUGAAAUUUUAUAAUGUAAUUAAGUUGUGAAAUAAAUAAAAUACCAUGUAAAUAUAAUUUUUGAACUUUAUUUUGAUGUGCGUACUUGAGAUAAAUUGUAUAUGAACUUGUGAUUUUUUAACUUAAAAGAGCAUAGAGAGUAAGCUUUGAAUUGUAGGAAAACUAUUUUUUAUACCUUAACUGUGGUACUUUGUAAACCCUAAUUCCUGUAUUACCUUGUUCACUGUUAUUAUUAUUUAUGUUCUACUUAUAUUUUGUUUUCUUGUUGUAUGAUUGAAGAAGAAAACCGAUCCAAUGGUCGCUCAUCAUUUUAUCAUUUCAUACAUGAAGAUUACAUGACACACUUAUUUAUUAGUCAAUUAUUAAUAUUUAUGUACUUAGUGAUUAAAUAAUGAAAACAAGCAAGAGCUGUUAGUAUUAGAAAGUAAGAUUAUAUAUGUUUAUUUGAGUGAUUCAGGCAGCUUUUUAGUCGUAAUUUAUAUUUAUGUUAGUUACCAAUGAUGUAAAAUCAUCCGACCACUCAUCUUUCAGUAGAAAUAAAUUCAAUUUUCAGUUCUAA